UCGGUGUCUCGGGUGCGCGGAGCCCAGCGCGGGAGAUGGGUCCUCUGCGGGCGCUGGCGGGCUGAGGAGGGACCGCCUUCGCUGAGCGGCGCCGGCGAGAACGGGGGUGCAUUUGCGGUCCGGACCUGCCGCUGGAUGUCGGUCCCGGAGGAGGAGGGGGCGCGGCCGCCGCUCGCGCAGCGAUGGCCGCGGGCCAGCAAGUUCCUCCUGUCGGGCUGCGCGGCCACCGUGGCCGAGCUAGCAACCUUUCCCCUGGAUCUCACAAAAACUCGACUCCAAAUGCAAGGAGAAGCUGCCCUUGCUCGACUCGGAGAGAGUGUGCGACAACCUGCCCCCUACAGGGGCAUGGUACUCACAGCCGUGGGCAUCAUCCAGGAGGAAGGCUUCCUAAAGCUUUGGCAAGGAGUGACACCCGCCAUUUACAGACACGUAGUGUACUCUGGCGGUCGGAUGGUCACCUACGAGCAUCUCCGAGAGGUCGUGUUUGGCAAAAGUGAAGAUAAGCAUUACCCACUUUGGAAGUCUGUCAUUGGAGGGAUGAUGGCUGGUGUGAUUGGCCAAUUUCUAGCUAACCCAACAGACCUGGUGAAGGUUCAGAUGCAAAUGGAAGGAAAACGGAAACUUGAGGGAAAACCACUGAGAUUCCGUGGAGUGCAUCAUGCAUUUGCAAAAAUCUUAGCUGAAGGAGGAAUCCGUGGGCUGUGGGCUGGCUGGGUUCCCAAUAUACAGAGAGCAGCGCUGGUGAACAUGGGAGAUUUAACCACUUACGAUACAGUGAAACACUACUUAGUGUUGAAUACAUCACUUGAGGAAAAUAUCAUGACUCAUGGCUUGUCCAGUUUAUGUUCUGGGCUGGUAGCUUCUAUUCUUGGAACCCCAGCUGAUGUCAUCAAAAGCCGAAUAAUGAAUCAACCUCGAGACAAACAAGGGAAGGGACUUCUAUAUAAAUCAUCAACUGACUGCUUGAUUCAGGCUGUUCAGGGCGAAGGCUUCCUGAGUCUAUAUAAAGGCUUUUUACCAUCUUGGCUGCGAAUGACCCCUUGGUCAUUGGUGUUCUGGCUUACUUAUGAAAAGAUCAGAGAGAUGAGUGGAGUCAGUCCAUUUUAAGCCGCAGCUUUACUGUGGUCCUCCCCACUGCGGUGUUCAGUAUUAUUGAAAUGGGCGUCGGCAACACCUAGCCCCUAUCAUUUCUACCUCUUUAGGAAGAUAACUUACUCACAGACUGUGAUCUACAGGGGGCGGCACUUUAUUUUUCCCUGGAAACCCAAGACCUCUUUGACUCCUCUUUUUAUCCAAAUGUGAUCACAAGGCUCUGGAGUGACACUCAGCACUGGGUUUCUAAAGAAGAACGGAGUCUGGGCACUUCUGCCCCUUUGACCUGCUGCUCUAUGCUAAGGAGGCUGCUUAGAGGAGGAGAGCCGGAAGGAGCCAGCAUAUGCGAUCUAAGUAGACAGUAGGAAUGUAGAAGAACAUAUCCAUAGCGCUUAAGAAAUACAUCUGACCUGUAUGUAUGUCAGUAUUUAAAACCGAAGCUUGACGAUUCGCUUUUCUGUUGCUAUCCAAGUGUACAUAUUGUAAAUUGAAGGGCAACGAAUGAACAUUCAUGAAUCAAAAUAUUUUUAGUUUCCUUACAGGAAGUUAAUGUACACUUAUGUUCAAGGAAGUUGAUGUACAAUUUCUUACCAGGAGGUUGGAAGAAG